AUGUCAUCAAAAGUGGCUGUCGGUGAUGUAGGGGUGAGAGGGAGUAGAGUAGUGAUAAAGUCGCCAGAGGAAGGGAAGAUCAAGAUGUUCUCUCCUGCUUUUUACGCCGCGUGUACCGUGGGCGGGAUGUUGUGCUGCGGCAUCACUCACACCGCUAUUACGCCUAUGGAUCUUGUCAAGUGUAAUAUGCAGAUUGACUCAGCAAAGUACAAGAGCAUCACAUCUGGUUUUGGAGUACUGGCAAAAGAGCAUGGAUUAAAAGGGUUAUUCAAGGGUUGGGUGCCAACUCUGUUGGGAUACAGUGCUCAAGGUGCUUUCAAAUACGGUUUCUACGAGUUCUUCAAGAAGUACUAUUCCGACAUCGCCGGGCCGGAAUACGCAGCCAGGUAUAAAACCCUGAUAUAUCUAGCCGGUGCAGCAUCAUCCGAGUUGAUCGCCGAUGUGGCUCUUUGCCCCAUGGAAGCUGUCAAAGUUCGAGUGCAAACCCAGCCUGGCUUUGCCCGGGCUUUAUCGGAUGGGUUACCAAAGAUUGUGCAAGCAGAAGGUGUUGCCGGGUUGUACAGACUUGCUCCUCUUUGGGGACGACAGAUUCCAUACACGAUGAUGAAAUUUGCAUCGUUUGAAACGAUUGUUGAGCUAGUGUACAAACAUUGUAUCCCAACGCCCAAAGAGCAGUGCAGUCGACCAGUGCAGCUUGGGGUGAGCUUUGUUGGUGGGUACCUUGCUGGUGUUUUAUGUGCUGUUGUAUCACAUCCUGCUGAUAAUCUCAUCUCUUUUCUCAACAGUUCCAAAGGGACAACUGCUGUUGAUUUUGUUGUGUCGGUAGUUGACGAUUAUGGGAAAGAAAAAGAAAAGAAAGGUGAUGUGAAAGAGAAGAUGAAUAAUGUAGAGAGUAGGAGAGAGUCUCCUCAUCAGUUUUACCAGAGGGGUCUUUAUAAUGACUUUUAG